AUGCAGUUUAGUUAUAUAUUUUUUCCCUAACUUUCAUUAUUUUCCUUUGCUGCCCUUCUGGAAGCGCAGUGGAAACUGAGGGAAAAUGUGUACGUCAUAGAAUCAGAGUGGGAUGAUGAGACACCAGCUAAAAGAGUGGAGCUCACCUGUAACACAUCUGAUGAAGCACUGCCAGUUUACUGGAAAAAGGACACUGAACUGAGAGGAACUGGAAAGACUCUGAUUGCCGAAGUGAAGGAGUUCCCAGAUGCUGGCAACUACACCUGUCUGACAGCUAAUACCCAUGAAAUUGUCAGCUAUGAUUUCUUCCUCAUAACUAAAAUAGACUCCAAUGGGCAAAUGAUAAGGUCAAUUCUGAAAAGCUUUAAAGAGCCAAACAGGACAUUUUUAAAAUGUGAAGCAAAGAACUACUCUGGAAUUUUCAUGUGUUCAUGGAUGACAGAAAAUGAGAGUCCAAAUGUGAAGUUCACAAUCAGAAGUCUAAAAGGCUCUCAAGGAGACAUAACCUGCAGCAGCCCUGUAGCUCACACUGAUAAAUCAGUGACAGAAUACACAGCCCAGUGCCAGAAAGAAAACUAUUGUCCAUUUGCUGAAGAGCACCAGCCAAUUGAGAUGUUCCUGGAGGUCAUUGACGAGGUGGAAUAUGAGAACUACACUAGCAGCUUCUUCAUCAGAGAUAUCAUAAAACCUGACCCACCCCAAUGUCAGUAUGUGGCCACAAAUGGAACAGUGACCUGGACGUAUCCCAGAACAUGGAGCACACCGAAGUCCUACUUCCCUUUGACUUUCAGGGUCAAAGUUGAAAGUACAAAGAAACACAAAAGCCAGGUCUACGAUGCUGAUGAGCAGUCUAUUCAGAUUCCAAUGACUGGGCCAAAAGACAAGAUCUUUGUGCAGGCCAGGGAUCGCUAUUACCACUCAUCCUGGAGUGAGUGGUCUUCACGUUGCAGGUAAGACUUAAGAACUUUCUACUGGAGAAG